UAAUCCCUUAAACCCUUACAAUAAUGGAUACUGAUGAUAGGGAAAACAAGGCAGCUGCAACGUUCGAUGUCGACGAUUCGACAACGAACACAACCCUAAUAACCUCCGUAGAGAAAACAUUCGAGGGAACCGUGGUACCACCAUGGAAACAACAGCUAACGAUUCGAGCAUUCGUCGUAAGCUUUGUGUUGAGCAUUCUAUUUACAUUCAUUGUUAUGAAACUCAACCUUACUACUGGGAUUAUACCAUCACUCAAUGUUUCGGCUGGAUUGUUGGGUUUCUUCUUUGUUAAGACUUGGACAAAGUUGCUUGAGAAAUCUGGUUAUCUUAAACAACCUUUUACUCGUCAAGAAAAUACUGUUAUUCAGACUUGUGUUGUUGCCUCCUCCGGUAUCGCCUUCUCCGGUGAGUUCAUCUAUUUUUACCGGCAAAAAUUGUUCUGGAUUAAAUCUGAUUUUUUUGUUGUUUGAUAUUAAUUAUUACAUUUGUUAGCUUAAU